GAGAGGGCGGGGUGGACACUGGGCUUCUGUGUGCCCGCCGCAGCCGUUGGUUGGCGGGCGCCCAAUCUCGGGGCAUGCCGCCGGAGCCUGGCCAGGACGCACCGUGAAAGACCAGUUUGGGGGAAGGCUUGACCCCCGGCGGCCCACAGAAGCCGGCGUCGGGAGCCCAGGCGGCGGGGCCGCUGCGAUCGGGCUCGCAGCGCUGCAGCUGCGGGAGCCGCCGGCACCCCACCCCCUGCCCAGGUUCAGAGGGACUGAGGAGGAGGCAUGGCCUCGGUGUUCAUGUGCGGAGUGGAGGACCUGCUGUUCAGCGGCAGCCGCUUCGUGUGGAACCUGACCGUGUCCACGCUGCGGAGAUGGUACACAGAGAGGCUGCGGGCUUGCCACCAGGUGCUGCGGACGUGGUGCGGACUGCGGGACGUGUACCAGAUGACAGAAGGCAGGCACUGCCAGGUGCACCUCCUGGAUGACAGGAGCUUGGAGCUGCUGGUUCAGCCCAAACUUUUAUCAAGAGAGUUGCUGGACCUCGUGGCUUCGCAUUUCAACCUGAGAAAGGAGUAUUUUGGAAUCACGUUUACAGAUGACACAGGUCAGCAGAACUGGCUACAGUUAGACCACCGAGUUCUUGACCACGAUUUGCCCAAGAAACCAGGCCCAACCGUUUUGCACUUUUCUGUGAGGUUUUACAUUGAGAGCAUAUCGUUCCUGAAGGAUAAAACCACCGUGGAGCUGUUUUUCCUGAAUGCAAAGGCCUGUGUGCACAAGGGGCAAAUCGAAGUAGACAGCGAAACUAUCUUCAGGUUAGCGGCGCUUAUUUUACAGGAAGCCAAAGGGAUUACACCAGGAGGCCUCCAUGGAUCCUUGCUGUCCCUGAUAGAAGGCAGUGAGGACAGCAGGCAGUGGACUCUACCAUGUGAUGAAAAUGCCAGGAAAGAUUUAAAGACAUUACCAGCCUUUCCAACCAAAACUCUGCAGGAGCACCCCUCCCUUGCCUACUGUGAGGACAGGGUAAUUGAGCAUUAUUUGAAAAUCAGAGGUCUGACUCGGGGUCAAGCUGUGGUUCAGUAUAUGAAAAUAGUAGAAGCUCUACCGACCUAUGGAGUCCAUUAUUAUGCAGUAAAGGAUAAACAAGGACUUCCUUGGUGGCUUGGAAUCAGCUAUAAAGGAAUUGGCCAGUAUGAUUUGCAAGAUAAGGUGAAACCUCGGAAAUUAUUCCAGUGGAAACAGCUGGAGAACUUAUAUUUCCGUGAGAAAAAGUUUGCUGUUGAAGUUCACGAUCCGCGGAGGAUUUCGGUAUCCAGAAGAACCUUUGGGCAAAGUGGCCUCUUUGUGCAAACGUGGUAUGCGAACUCUUCUCUCAUCAAGUCCAUCUGGGUAAUGGCAAUUAGUCAGCAUCAGUUUUACUUGGACCGGAAGCAAAGCAAAGCAAAAAUUCCUUCAGCCAGGAGUUUAGACGAUAUUGCAAUGGAUUUGACUGAGACGGGAACACCAAGGGUCUCCAAAAUGGUGACACUAGAGGCAAAAAGUCAGUUCAUCAUGGCAAGCAACGGCAGUUUAAUCUCCUCAGGUUCUCAAGACUCGGAAGUCAAUGAGGAGCAAAAGAGAGAGAAAAUCCUUGAACUCAAGAAGAAGGAAAAGCUGUUGCAAGAAAAACUUCUGAAAAAAGUUGAAGAACUUAAGAAGAUCUGUUUGCGGGAGGCUGAGCUCACAGGCAAAAUGCCAAAGGAGUAUCCACUGAACGUAGGUGAGAAAGCUCCUCACGUCAGAAGGCGUGUAGGUACCGCAUUCAAAUUAGAUGACAACUUCCUGCCGAGUGAAGAGGACCCUGCUUUGCAAGAACUGGAGAGCAAUUUCCUAAUACAGCAAAAGCUGGUUGAAGCUGCAAAGAAACUUGCCAACGAGCCAGAUCUUUGUAAAACUGUGAAGAAAAAACGAAAGCAAGAUUACACGGAUGCAGUGAAAAAGCUUCAGGAGAUUGAAAAUGCAAUAAAUGAAUACCGAAUUAGAUGUGGAAAGAAACCCAGCCAGAAAGCAACAGUUAUCGUACCAGAAGACAUAAUCCCAUCAGAAAGUAGCUCCUUGUCUGACACUACCACCUAUGAUGACCCCAAUGACACCUGUACUCUUGCUGGGCAGCAAUCAAGUUCAGUACCUCAUUCUCCAAGAAUUCUUCCUCCCAAGUCUCUCGGGAUUGAGACAAUCCAUUUCAGAAAGUCGUCCAUCAAUGAACAAUUUGUGGAUACCAGACAGUGCAGAGAAAUGCUGUCGACACACAGCAGUCCUUACAAAACUCUGGAGAGGCGGCCCCAGGGAGGGCGAAGCGUGCCCACCACACCUGUUCUCACCCGGAACGCCUACAGCAGCAGCCACUUGCAACCCGAAUCUUCAUCUCAGCACUGCCGCCAGCGGAGUGGAAGCCUUGAGUCCCAGUCUCAUCUGCUCUCUGAGAUGGACCACGAUAAGCCAUUUCCCUCCCUCUCCAAAUCCCAAAGAAGCAGCAGCACAGAAAUCCUGGAUGACGGGUCUUCCUAUACCAGCCAGUCAAGCACAGAGUAUUACUGCGUGACACCCGUGGCCGGCCCCUGUUACACCACCCAAACUCUGGACACUCGCUCCAGGGGUCGGAGAAGGUCCAAGAAACAGAACGUUUCGACUUCAAAUUCAGGAAGCAUGCCCAACCUAGCACAAAAGGAUAGUGUGAGGAAUGGCGUCUACUCAAAGAGUCAGGAGCAACCUUCUUCCAAUUACUACACUGCCGGGUACACGCCAUAUGCAGAGUGUGAUCUCUAUUACAGCGGUGGCUACGUGUACGAGAAUGACACUGAAGGACAGUACAGUGUCAAUCCUUCCUACCGGUCCUCCGCCCACUAUGGAUAUGACCACCCAAGGGACUACAGCAGGUCGUGUCAUGAAGACGAGGUCGAGCGGGUGCCCCAUAACCCGUAUGCAACUCUCCGGCUGUCGAGGAAGGCUGCUGCCAAGUCAGAGCACAUCACCAAGAACAUCCACAAGGCCUUAGUGGCAGAGCACCUGCGUGGCUGGUACCAGCGGGCCUCUGGGCAAAAGGAACAGGGCCACAGCACACAGACUAGCUUUGAUUCGGACAGGGGAUCACAGAGAAGCCUGGGCUUUGCCGGGCUGCAGGUACCCUGUUCUCCAAGCAGCCGAGCGUCUUCCUACUCUUCAGUGUCUUCUACAAAUGCUUCCGGGAACUGGAGGACCCAGAUAACUAUAGGGCUAUCUGAAUACGAGACCCCGGCACAUUCUUCCUACACCAGCUGCUAUGGCAACAUCUAUAAUCCUUUGCCCUCUCCAGGCAGACCAUACACAGAGACCGGUCAACUGGACAAUACAGAUGGAAACCGGCUGGAAGACAGCCUGGAGAAUAGUGAGCAGAGGCUCUUUUGGCAUGAAGACUCAAAGCCUGGAACAUUAGUCUGAACUGCAGUUGAGCCUCUUGACCGAGCACUGCAUUCUCACACUAGUGUGCCUUGCAAAAUGUGUUCGUCUUCCCAGAAGGCUGUUGGCUGUAGAAACCUAAAGGCAUCCAAGGUGGAAGAGAGGACUCCCGUGGCCCCAGAAGUGAAUCACACACUAAGCCGCACAAAACCCCUGAACAGCAACCCACCCUUCCAAGUCUAGGUGCUAACCUAACAGAGCAAGGUCAAGACCACAUAUGAACCAUUGCCAAGGAGGACUCAGCCUUUACCAAGAGCAAGCACUUUUUAAGAGAACAAAAGUUGUUGAAGGCAGACCUCAAAACUGUGAAAAGUGCGUUCAGGGUCUCCAAAAGGAAAGAAGGACCGGGGAAAUUUCAGAGCACAAUUCAGAAUGAUGAGAGAAGGGAAGCCAGAAGCUCCUUAGUCACUGCUCACCAUCGGAAAGUUUGAAUUUGUGAGCUGGCGAAGAAUUACAUACUCUGUCUACCGGGACAUGAACAAUUUAGACAGUAUUAGAAAAUUACUUGAAGAGAAGCUGGAUUUUUCAUGAAGUUCUAAAUGAGUGUAAAUGUUUUUAGGCUAUUAUCAAGAGUGAUGGUUUUCAUAAGCACCAUAAAAUGGGUUCUGGAAAGACUUAUGGCUGUAGCAUCCUGUAAUAUAACUUCAUGGUAGCAGAUUGGGGAAAAAUGAAGCAGCCCACUGAGUAACUGACAAACUCUGCUUGGAGAAUUUUCUAAGGUACACUAUCAUUGAGUUCCUUUUUUUCUUUCUACUCCAAUGACAUGAUGAACUAUUGUUCAGGCUGGUAACUCUCCAACGCAGCUGUCAUUGCAAUGGCAGAGUUGAUCUGGAAAGUUUUUAUAACCAAGAGUUUGAAAAAGUAUUUUAAGGUGAUACAGCAAGAACCCAACACAAUAUAAAGAAAAAAAACCACGAACACCACAUCAUUUUAGAUGAAUUGCGUGCCUUAAAAUUGUGAACAUUUGAAAAGUAAGCAUAUUGUCUGGAUUCCCCAGGUAGUUCUAAGUCACCAAGUGACAAAAGCAAGAUUAGUCAUUAAAAACAAAAACGAAAACCUUCCAAGCUGCCGUAAAUUUAAUUAUGAGGCUAAAGCUACCUCAUACUUUCCUUGGAAGAAUUAAUUCGCUAUGGUUUAUCGUUGGAUGUUUUGGGUUGUUGUUGGUUUUUUUUUAACAAAUAUUUCCGUAUUCUACAUGGAUCUUUUUUUUUUCAUCUUUACUCUGCUUCAGAAUUCCGUAAAAGGUGCUCCUUCCCCCUCUUUUAUACCGUUUUCUUGUUCAUAUUGUGAAUAGAGAAGUUUCUGAACAACUUUUGGGGAACAUUUUCUAUCUAUAUUCCAAAGCAUGUAAUAUAUACAUAAAGUUGAUUUGUUAAACUGGUCCUUAGUCAUUUGUAUCAUUGAAAAUGAAGUUUGGGAGAAAAAAAUUUGGAAAACAAAAAGACGUGCAAAAAAAUAACUUAUUCCUUUUUGCAUAUUUGUAUAGCCUUCUAGAAACAGAUAUACCCUUUUGCAUAUUCUUUUACUGUUCUGACUUUUUUAGACCUAUUAUUUUUUUUACAUAGGUCAAUAAAUGAAAGGUGUGCUACUGAAAA